AUGCUUCGGAAUGGCAUUCAUCAUUCGAAUGAAAUUUCGCUUGCCGAAUGUAUGGAAGAUAACAACGGUGGGCUACUUUAUCGAGGUGCACUAUAUGUACUAGAGGACAAUGAUCUUUGGCUAAGGCUCCUAAAAGAACACCAUGACAAACUAUCGGCAGGUCAUCCAGGCAGAGCAAAGACGUUAGAACUCCUAAAUCGAGAAUAUUAUUGGCCACAGAUUCGAAGAUACGUCGAUCAAUAUGUUAGGAAUUGCAAUGUGUGCACCCGUAGCAAGGCGCCUCGAAAUGCACCUUAUGGAGUACUUCAUCCGAUGCCAAUACCUGAUGGACCGUGGAUGGAUGUGUCAAUGAAUUUUGUUACCGAUCUCCCUGAGAGCGAUGAACACAAUGCAAUCUUAGUUGUGGUGGAUAGAUUAACCAAAAUGCGACAUCUAAUACCAAUGACUAAAGAGGCAGAUUCAAGGGAGGUAGCGAGGCUUUACAUCGAUAACGUUUGGAAGCUACAUGGAUUACUUAAUACCAUUGUAUCUGAUCGAGGAACACAGUUCGUUGCGGAGUUUUGA